GGGAGGGGGGGUUGCCUCCCUCACGUAUUGGUGUAUAAAGACGCUGACAUCCCACCUCUCGCCAGAGUACUGGAGCACAUUCAAACUGAGCAUUCUCUUGAAGUCUAGGCUCUUCAACCUUCUUUCAUACUUUGUGUACCCCUUAACUCAUCCGCACCAGCAGCAUGGCCCCAUCAGCGAUCGACGUUGACAUUCCGGUGGUCACAAAGGGUGUGAACCGCGAGCCUCUAAAGCUCUCGGGCGCGCUCGACGCCUACGAAUCCUUCGAUGUCACGCCCGUCAUUGGCCGAGAGUUUCCCAAGGCCAACUUGAACGAGUGGCUGACUGCACCCAACGCGGACGAGCUGCUCAGAGACCUCGCUAUCACCAUCUCUCAGCGUGGCGUCGUGUUUUUCCGCGCCCAGGAUGGCCUGACCAACGAACUCCAGAAACAGCUUAUUCUGCGGCUUGGGGAGUUGGCCGGACGGCCGGCUACAUCGGGGCUCCAUAUCCACCCCAUUCUCAACUCGGAGCGCGAGCUGGGUGGAAACGACCCAGAAAUCAGCACCAUCAGCUCGAUCCAGAACAAGAAAUUUUACUCUAAGACGGUGGCAGAUGCACUGAGCCCCAAGAAGCAGAGCAGUGCCCAGUGGCACAGUGACAUUGCAUUUGAACCUGUGCCCGCCGAUUACACGUCCCUACGUCUGGUGGAGCUGCCCAGCACCGGGGGAGACACCCUGUGGGCCUCCGGCUACGAGAUUUACGACCGCAUCAGCGAGCCGUAUCAGAAGUUCCUCGAGGGUCUCACCGCGACCUUUGAGCAGCCUCAUUUCAAAAAGGUGGCGGAAGAUGCAGGGUUCCAGCUGUACGACAAGCCGCGAGGUUCCCCCGAGAACGUUGGUGGUGAGCUGAAAGCCAUCCAUCCCGUCGUGCGCACCAAUCCCGUCACGGGCUGGAAGAGCAUUUUCCCCGUUGGCGGCCACGUCAAACAUAUCAAUGGCUUGACCGAGGAGGAGAGCUCCAAGCUCCUCAGCUGGUUCCUGGACCUGGUCUACAAGAACCACGACUUGCAGGUCCGCCUCAAGUGGAAGAACCCCAAUGAUAUUGCCAUCUGGGACAACCGCUCCGUGUUCCACACCGCUACAUUCGACUACCUGGAGGGCAACUACGGUGAGCGGUUCGGGAACCGAGCAGUGGGUUUGGGCGAGCGGCCGUACCUGGACCCCAACAGCACUUCACGGAGAGCUGCGGUGAAUAACGCGUGAGGCAGUGAGGGAGUGAGUAGGCAAAUUAAAGGAAGGGGCAGGGUUUCUUGGAUUGUUCAAGCUGUAUCCUUAACGUUCGUGAACCUGUUCAUCACCCACAACGAAGACGUAAUAGCGCGAAGAUUAGGCAACUCGUUGUGCUUCCAAACUAGUGGCAUUCCAAAUUCUGAUUAGCC